AUGAGAUUCGAACAAGACACGGCGUGCAGGGGUACCCACUGCGCCAGCACUCCGCAACCCUCCGCGCUGCAGCAGCGAUCACGGCCCGAGGAGGUGGUGGUGGAGGAGGAGGAGGACUCCUCCGCGAAGGACGUCGUCGACGGUCAACGACGUAGACGCAGAGAAUUGGAGGCUAACGUGGUCGAGGGUGCGAAUACGGGGCCGCGGGCCGAGGCGGGGGGGCCUGGGAUGGCGUACCCCGCGCCAGCGACGGCUCUGAAUCAGCACUCGCCCUUCGCCAGCUCGAUCGCCGGCACGCCACCCGCUAACAAUCCCAACGGCCACAUAGGUGCCGGCGCACACCUGCCGGCGCCGGCGGCACCGCGACCGACGGACUUCAGCGUCUCCUCGCUGCUGACCGCGGCCAGCACCCAUCCGCCGAUUUUGGGCGGCUCGUCGUCCCAGGGUAGCGCCUCGCCGCCGCCCGGCGGACCCGGUAGUCCGGCCGCUGCGCCGGAAACCCCGCCACCCUUGCCUACGAGCCAGCGUGAAUUGUCGCACCCGUCCUCGGCGGUGGCGGCCGCCAACUACUUCAGCGCUGCCGCCCUGGCGGCGGCCAGUUUCUACAAUCCGGCGGCUCACCUGCCGCCGACCAGCUCGCCGGGGCCAACCGCGGCGCAUCAUCUUCAGAGCAAGGGGAUACUCAGCGGCGCGCAUCAUCAUCCGCAUCUCAACCCGCACGGUAUCACGCCGCCAGGCCUAGGUUUGGGACCGCACACGCCGGAAGAGGCCGCCGUCCUGGCGGCCGCCGCGGCGGCGUUACAUCACCACCAUCAGGGCCCCGGCGGUCCUGCGAUGAGGCCUCUGAGGCCGCCGCUGCCACCGGGGAUGCUUCACACGUCGCCACAUCCUUUGGCGACGCACCACCCCCUCGCGGCGCCGCACCAUCCCCUCGUGCCGCCUCAUCAUCCGGAGGAGGACGGCGUCGUCGACGACCCGAAGGUCACGCUCGAGGGCAAGGAGCUCUGGGAGAAAUUCCACAAGCUCGGCACGGAAAUGGUCAUCACGAAGAGCGGCCGGCAGAUGUUUCCUCAGAUGAAGUUCCGAGUUUCCGGUCUGGACGCCAAGGCCAAGUACAUCCUUCUGCUGGACAUCGUGGCCGCCGACGACUACAGAUACAAGUUCCACAACAGUAGGUGGAUGGUAGCGGGUAAAGCGGAUCCGGAAAUGCCGAAGAGGAUGUACAUACAUCCGGACUCGCCGAGUAGCGGCGAGCAGUGGAUGCAGAAGGUCGUGAGCUUCCACAAACUCAAGCUCACCAACAACAUCAGCGACAAGCACGGCUUUGUAAGUACUACGAUACUGAACUCGAUGCAUAAGUAUCAGCCGAGGUUUCACCUCGUGCGAGCCAACGACAUCCUGAAGCUUCCGUACUCGACGUUCAGGAGUUACGUUUUCAAAGAGACGGAAUUCAUCGCCGUGACGGCCUAUCAGAAUGAAAAGAUCACCCAACUGAAGAUCGAUAACAACCCCUUCGCGAAAGGAUUUCGGGACACUGGCGCGGGGAAGCGCGAGAAAAAAAGGCAGGCGCUAUUGACAGUAUCGGGCGGCGGUUCCCGUUUGACGACGGGGGGACCACCAUCGCCGGACAAGCGGCGCUCCUCCAACUCCGCCACCGACCUCAUGGACGACGAGGACAAGCUGCUGGACGUGGUGGGGCCCGAUACGCCGCACCCGGCCCACCAUCACCGGGAACGGGAACACUCCCGCGAGAGGGACGACCGCGCGAGCGAGCGAGGCGAAGGUAGCGAGUCGUCCGGGUCCGAGAGCGGCGGAGCGGGUCCUACGGGGUCGGAGGGCCCGCGACCGGACGUUUCGGUCGGUCCUCCGCUUCACCCGCCCCUCUUGCCGUAUCUCUACCCGCCGGUACCCGGACUCUAUCCUGGUCCCGGCCAUUUGAUACCACCCAGCCCUCUGGGACUCCACGGAGGAGUGACACCCGGGAUGUUGUUCAACGCCCAACUGGCCUUGGCCGCUUCCCAGCACCCCGCGCUCUUCGCACACUACCCCCAUCCCUUGGCCAGUCCGUUGCACCAGCUGAAGGGCCACCGAUUCGCACCGUACACGCUACCGGCACCGUCGCACGGUUCCGCGUUCGAGACCGUGACACCCGGCAGCAGAACCCUGAGCCCGAGGUCACCGCCGCCGAGGCCGCCGACCGGCUCGCCGACGCCGACCGGUGGCGGCACACUCACGUCGACCACUUCCAGCAGCUCCGCCGGUGAGCUCAAGUCCAUCGAGAACAUGGUGAACGGGCUGCAGGAGAAGAGAAGAAGAAGUCCUAGUCUGACGCCCGGGCACAGGGGCGACGACGCUGGCGGAGGGAGUCCGUGACAGGAGAACGAGCCUGUGAGCAGCACGAAGGACGACGACCCCGAGGACGAGGAUCGCGACGAGUCCGGUGACCCGGAGGACCUCCUCUCCGCCGACGAGAGGGAGCCGGACUCCACGUCGGAGCCGUCGUAGCGGAAGGAACGUCGGCUGGUCGGUACUCGAUUCUGCAUGCCUCCUCGUCCGCGGACCGCUCUCGUCGUCCUCCUCCUCCUCGGCUCGCUACGGUUUUGCCCCCUCACCCCCCACCCCCCGCCCGGGAUUCUCGCUGGACGUGUCGGAGCGGGAGCGGGGAAAAGGCCGGACUCUUAUACUACAAAGUGCAAUUUUAUUUCCGGAGUGGCGCCGCGCUCGAGGUGUGCUCGCGAGUGUUGGCGGCGGCGGCGCCCUUCGUGCUUUCGGGAUGGAAGGGAAGUCCCACUUCGCGUGUUUCCUGUAUCUGUAAAUAGACGACCCCGGCGAUUCGCGAGAGCACGAUCGCGCGUUAGGAAUGUGCGUCUCUGUUGAAGGACAGCCUGGAGAAAGAGAGAAAGAAAGAGUGAAAGAGGGAGAGAGAGAGAGAGAGAGAAAGGGAGGAAAGCCGGACGGAGAAGCAAGAGGUGCGUUGGACUCGACGCGGACGCUGCGCUGAUUACGUUACUGUAAAUUAAACGAGACGCAAGGGUGAGUGCGGCAGAAAGGUAGCGAGAGGAAAGACGAAUGAGUGAAAGUGAGAGAGAGAGAGAGAGAGAGAGUGUGUGUGUAAAGAAAGAGGAGGAGAGAUUGAGAAAGAGAGAAUGAGAGGGAGAGAGUGAGAGAGUCUGCUAGCGCGUAUCCGUGUCCCGUAUGAGUCUACGUCUACCUGUGAAUGUUAGGUCUUAAGACAGGAGAACAGAGAACGAUAUUGCAAUAUAAGAGCACCUCCUACUAUUUGCAGCCCCAUGUAUAUA